GCAAAACAAAUGCUCUUGAAGUUAAAGUAACUGAGCCAGUUCUUGCAAAUGCUGACACUUCUAUGCCAACAAAAAGUUUAUCUGAGACUAUAAAUAAAAUCAGGCAAGAGAUGGGUCCUCCUCUGCCGCCCCUGCUACUGCCUUUGAUUGCUACUCCUCCAAGAGCUGCUGCGUGUUCCAUGGGCCCAGUGAUGUCUUCUGCUGACCGAUCCUCUUUGCUUUCCCCUCUUGAUGAACUGAUAUCGCCUCUACAUGAAUCCCCUGUUCCUCCGCUGAUGUCUCCCUUGACAGAUACUCCAACAGUCAAAUCUGCCCUUUUGUUCUCCUCUCCAUCACCUUCAGAAAUGGCAGUAGGUAAAAGGGUUCUCUCCUCCCCCUUGCAGUUCUGUACUUCUAUUCCAAAGCAUGCGCUUCCUGUCCCAGGAAGACUUCCUCUGUGCGCGGCGGACGGUGCUGCUGCAGGUGCUCCUCAGGAGAACUCCGUGAAAAUAUUGGACACCAUGUAUCCAGAGCUAUCUGCAAGGGCAAGGACAUUGAACAUUCUAAAGGGCAAUAUUCAGCUUAACCUCUGUGCUCUUUCGGAUAGCCAGAGUUGCCCAGGCCCUGUGGCUCAAAUAGGCGGUUUCAAAACAAUAGCAUCUACAUCAACUGCUUUUGUUAAAACUGGGAGCAAUUUGAAAUCUGAUGGUAGCAAAGACCAGGACACAAAUGUGAAAAAUCAGCAAUUGAUUUCAAGCUCAUCGAGUCGUCUAGAAAAAAGGACACUAUUGCCAGUGCCUAUGCCUAGAAGUGCAAAGAGGCUGAGGUUGGACAGUGAACCACCGAAGCUGGAGCCCACUGGUAGUGCUGUUAUCAGAAAUGGUCAAAAUAUGGUCUGUGAAAUAGAGGAGAAUUCCGAUGACAAGAGCUGUGAAAUCAGUGAUUCAGCACACGGUUCCAGUUUAGAAACGUCUUUACCAGUAAAGAAAAUCAUUGAUCCUGACUGCCAGAAAGUUGAUUUGGCAUUGAAGAAAAUUGCUGAAUCCUGCUUUGACUUGUUACCAGUAAUUGAAAGUCAUUUGGGCAAUGUCUCAAAGAUUCCAAUAAUGAGAGAUGAAGAGAAAGAAGUUGUCAAUGAAUUUGGUAUAAAAAACAGGCGUUUAGCGGAGCCAUUGCUGCAUGUUAUUCUCAAUAAACUCAAGGCUCAGAAGACGGCCUCGGCUUACAGUUUCAAUCAGGCUCUUUGUCGAGUUUAUACAGGAAUUUGUCGACAGCUGGGAGAUUUGGAAAGAGCCCGCCUCUUCUGCUAUAGCUUGCUGAAAGAAGACUUUCCAGACUCAGUGAAAUUGAUUAUAUUCAUCACAAAUAUAUGGCCUGACAUAUUUUUCUUCCAAGGUGCAAUUAACAAAGCUAUGCAAUUAAUUAUCAGGCAGAAUGCAAAUGACAAUGUCCUGGCCUGUUUGAAUGCCUUUCUCAGCUGGGAGCAGGGUUCAUCUUUAGAUGCUGGUAUUAUGGUCUCAAACCUGCUUUUAGAAAUGCAGUCAUGUCCAAAGGUAGAAUUUCAGCUGAAUGAGCAGUAUGGAGAAGAUCUGAGUGACGAUGCUUGGCAGUACAUAUUUGCUAUUGAUCUACUUUGCUCUCACCUUAAAUGGGAUUGGACACAUGACAAUGUUAUAAGGUAUUGUGGCAAGCAGUUUGUUCAGACAUUUUUAACUGUUUUUUUGUUCUUGGUUGGUGGUUUUUUGUUUUUGUUUGUUGGUUGUGUUGUUAAUCUUUUUUUUUCCCCCAAAACAAGCAUCAGAUCCUAUUUGUAACAUAAAAACUUUCAAUUUUCAGUGAUAGAAUAAACCUGUAUAAUAUCUUGACAUUUCAAAGGUGUACAAGUCAUAUCCAAAUACAGAUGUAAAAAGUCAGUGGAGUACCCUUACGACUUCAUGUAGAGAUGCAGAAUGUUGCAGAGAAAUGGUAGACAGGCAGAACUAAUACUCUGAACAGGAAUGAUUCCUCCAACAAGUUAGCUUAUACUCUUUGGGUUUAAAACUUUCUUUACAUUACUGAGAUUUGUAGAAGCUUGGAGCAUAGGUCCCCCUUGAAGAUUAAGAGACUUUGGGAGAAGGACUUGGGGGUCCUUGGGAUGAGA